AUGCAGGCAUUCGUCUGUAUUGAGCAAACAUAUCUGGGGCUUCCCGCUGCCGUAGUGCGGCUACCGGCCAGCGUAGUUCCAUCCACCCUUGCAGCAAGCAAAGGUCUUCUCUGGUAUCUCUCUCCACGUCUUCCAAACGCCAUUGACGACGACGGCUAUGUAACAAAACAGAAUCUGCCGCUCUUCCUGAGCUGGCAGCAGGCAAUUCUCUGUCGCCUUCCUAUCCUUCCUCCAAAUCUUCCUCCAAUGCUUCCUCCACGAUUCAAAAGAGGAACCCAAGGCCACACCUCUUGGCUUCUGUUGGUGCUUGACUUUUUCUAG